AUGAUUACUAGUCCUGAUAUUGCUCCCGCCCCAAACAAGAUCACUGCAGCCAUUGGGGGGCUCAUCUUGGUUCCAAUCGCGAUUGCAGCGGGCGUUGCAUUUGUGGCAAUCAAGACAACAGACAUUUGGCCUUCAAUCAAGAGGUGGUUCGCAAACUCAUGUUUCCGACAUUUGUUUUUCUGCAGGCGCAAAAAGGCCCCGGAAGACUUGAAGAGCUCGCCAGAUUCGUUUUGCGACUUGGAGGGAGUGCAAUCACCACAUUUUCAAGCUGAUUCACUGGUGGAACGGCCUCCAUCAAGAGAGACACCAACCAAAAUAUGGCAUCCGGAUCGUUCGAAUCGGCUGAAAUGGAGUUUUGGUCGGACUGGGAUGAAGAUGUUGACAUUCCCAGCCCCUUGCGAAUUGUCAAGCGACCAAGCACCGGUGCCAACACUGCUGAUGCCGGCACACACAGCCCACUCCGAGUUGCCAAACGCCCAACAACCGCCACCAAGACCGAUGCUGCCAUACCCAACCCCCUACGAAUUAUCAAACGCCCAAACAACAUUACCAAGACCGAUACUGGGAUCAAUUCGAGAGAGGUCAUCAACAACAUCAACACCCCAAGACGAUCAUCCUCUAUCUACAACUGCAUCUCUAGUUCCCCACCAGAUUCCGAUGGCGGUUGCUUGA